CUCAAGCUUGUUCAGAGUUCAGACCCUCGUCUUCCUUCUUCUAUUCAAAGCCCUGUCCCUCCUCUGUGUCAAAAUGCCAUGGCUGAUGGCUCACCAGAAUAUUAAAACCCCAUAUACCCAUUAACUCUCUCUCUCUCUCUCUCUCUCUGUUUUGAAUUUUUUUAUUACUCAUAGCUUGAUCCUGCUUCAGAGCGUCCCCCCCCCCCAACUUGACCUUUUUUAAUCAAUGCUUCAAGAUCUCUCUUUGUUGCUCCGCACUUUUCUUUCUCAUUAUGGUUUCACUGUCUAUCGUGGUUCCAAUGAUGAUUUUGCAGCGUCAUUUGUUGAUAAUGCAGCAUUUCUGGGUUAAAGCAUAAUGUGUUUGUUCAAAUACUCCAGAGAUCUGUUGAGUCAGAUUUUGCAGUAUUUUCCAUUUUGUGCAUUCAUUUGAUCAAGCCGUGGCAAUGAAAUUAGGUUCUCAACAAAAUGAUUUGCGUCCAUCACCCGAGCCAAGUUUGAGUGGUAGUUUCAGGAAUGUCAGGUCAGGCCUUUCACAGAACAAUGUUAACUCAUCUCCGGGGCAAAGUUUGGAUGGAAGUUUUAGAGAGUCCAACUCUGUUAUCUCUGCCCAUAGCAUAGCUGGCUUUUCAGUUUCGAGCAAGUUCAUUCCUAAAUCCAAGAGAGUUUACAAGGGACUAAAGGAUUGUGGAAGGAAACUUGUUGACCUUGAAAUAUUUACACGGAGUCUUGAAGAUUGGGUUCAGGAGAAUUCACAAACAGCCACCGGGGAGCAGUCUUUUGUGUCUCCUUUUUCCAUUGAUGAAUUGCGCAAGCUUGAUUUUGCAUUGGAAGGGGUAUUGUUUCAGCAAUUGUGCCGUAUGCCGUGCACACCUUAUCCCUACAAUGAUCUGAAACAAGAUGAGUUUCUUGGACUUCAAGAUUUUUUACAUACUAUUAUGAAUGGUCUGUGGCGUACCUUUUGGCAUAAACGCAGACCAUUGCCAUUCUUUAUAUCUUGUGCCCGUCAUCCUGGAUCGAAGUUCUAUACUUUAGAGAAGGCAGUAUCGAGGGAAAGGCUUGACGAGGUUCGUGGUUUUGCUUUGCUAUCAAGGCCUGGGAGUGAUCUACAAACAGACUGGGGUCAAGUGGUGGAGAUUGCCUUAUUAAGACCAGAUAUAUCGUCGGGAAGUGAAUCAACGUUAUCUCCCUCCAGCAUAUGUGAGGCACUCUUUUAUGGUAUUCAUACACUUAUAUCUAGGAGUUUGAACAGAUCAAGCAAUGUUAGUGGUGAUUCUGUUUUUGUAUCGGUUUUUGAUUCUAAAUUUGGUGGAGUUGUGAAACUUGGGGGUGAUCUAGGCAGGCUUGAAUUGAACUCUGGAAAUCCCUACCAAUCCGUGGUUGAAUGGAUGAAAUACCACGCUGAAGUCAGUGUUUCUCCAGUGGACAGGAUAUGGAACAAGCUGGGGAAUGCAAAUUGGGGAGACCUAGGAACUCUACAAAUAAUUUUGGCUACUUUUUACUCUCUUGUACAGUGGAAUGGACCACCAAGAAAGUCAAUAGCCUCAUUGGCCUCAGAACAUAGCUUCCGUCUUGAAAAGCGUCGAACAGAAUGCUACCUGGUUGAAAAUGAAAAUGCACUGGUACCCUUCCAACAGCCUAACCAUCAUCAAGGAGAGAUUGUUGAAGUUGACCAGAAUGAUAAUCUAUCCUUCGGAAAGCAAGCAUCACGAUUGAAACUUAAACAGGGUGAAAUAUUACUGAUCGAAGACCAGCAACAGGGGCAGAAUAGGUUCCAAAUACAAGAUUCUUUGGUUGGAGGGAACUGUUUUCUCUACAUAGCCGUUUCUAUAGAUAAUCCCAGAGAGUUGUUGACCUUAUAUGUGGGUGCACACCCAUCUAGACUCGAGCCAUCUUGGGAAGACAUGGGUCUGUGGUACCAAGUACAGAGACAAACAAAAGUACUAAACAUCAUGAAGCAGCACGGAAUCUCUAGCAAACAUUUGCCAGAAUUAGUUGCCUCUGGCAGAAUUUUGCACUCUGGUCCUUGCAAGAAGCAAAGCCCUGGAGGGAGGUGUGAUCACCCUUGGUGUGGAACCCCAGUACUUGUGACCUCACCCAUUGGGGAGCCUCUAUCUUUUGUAGUUGCCCCUGACAGCACAUUUUCCUCAGAGGAAGCCCUUCGCUGCUGCAGAGAUUGCCUUGCGGCUUUGAGAAAUGCAGCAAUUGCCAAUAUCCAGCAUGGUGAUAUUUGUCCUGACAACAUACUUCGCGUUGUAGAUCCCAAAGGUGCAAGAAACAGAUUCUUCUACGUUCCAAUCUCUUGGGGGCGUGCAGUUCUUGAAGAUAGAGACAGCCCAGCAAUAAAUUUACAGUUCUCAUCAUCUCAUGCACUACAGCAUGGGAAGCUAUGUCCUGCAUCUGAUGCUGAAAGCCUAGUUUACCUCCUGUUUUUCAUUUGUGGAGGGACUAUGCAGCAGCAGGAUUCUAUUGAAUCUGCAUUGAAGUGGAAGGAAAAGAGCUGGUCUAAGCGUUUAAUUCAGCAGCGCCUGGGCGAGGUUUCGCCUCUUUUGAAGGCAUUUGCCGAUUAUGUGGAUAGCCUCUGUGGAACUCCAUACCCAGUUGAUUAUGAUAUUUGGUUGAAAAGACUGCAUAUGGCCGUGGACGGCUCAGCAGAUAGAGGUAAAAUGAUUGAAGAAAUAGCCUUACCAUUGAGACUAGAGGAUGUUGCAGAAUCCUCAGGAACAUCAGGACGUGGUAGUUAAUAAUAAUGGUGAAGACUGGAGAGUUGGGUUGGGGUUUGGUUAUGUAACUCAGUAUGGGCAUGAUUCAGUUGAAUUUCAUCUUAUAGGCUGCUUCUGGGUUUCUUGGGAAAAUGUUUUUCUAAACAAUGUAAACAAUACACAUCAAGGUUUGCCAAGAUUUUUACAGGAAUUGUUUGUCAUAUAAACGGCUGGUGAUGGUAUAUAUAUCUCUG